GAGCCGGGAGCAGAUGGAGUUUGGCCAUCACCAGGUACAGCGCUCACUCCCACCGCGUCCGCGCGCGACUCCGUGCCUCUCACGCCGCCCGCGCGCCUCUCCUGUCCCGCAGCGCUUCCUCGCGGGGGCCGGCGCUUCUCGGACUUUAUUUGCAUGCGACGCCGAGGCUGACAUCAGUCGCGCUGUGAUUUGAGUUUCCAGUCCGUCCGUCCGUUUGGAGGAGAAACAUGAGCGCGAGUGGAAACGCGACGGCGAUGUUCGGGAUGCGUUUAGCGGAGGAUCAGAUUAAAGUUCUGGAGGAGAAUUUCACGAAGGUCAGCAAACACCCCGACGACGCCACGCUGAUGCUGAUCGCAGCGGAGUGCGGGCUCAGCGAAGAGGAGACGGCGAAGUGGUUCAGGAUGCGAAACGCUCAGUGGAGGAAAGCAGAGGGUCUCCCUGCUGAACUGGGAUCAGUGAAGGACUGAUGGAAGAUCUUCAUCUACUUUGUUAUGUUUUUCUCUCUAUGCCUCGGUGACCGUCUCACUGUCUCUCUUUUCUUAUUUGAGGAUGUCUUCUUAGUCUGA